UUCAGUUGCGCGACAAGUAUCAGUUGCGCGUCGAGUUGCCAUUUCCCACCCCUCCAACACCCCCUGAAAAAUCUGAACACUCUCCCCUUCGACUCUGAGGAACAUACUCUCUCUUUCGCUUUCUCUAUUCCUCCCCUCCCAAAACCCUAGAAAAGGACCUCUUAAGGAUUUCUCUUUGAUGGAGCUCGCACACAGCACUCAGUGAGUGCAUCAUCUCGCCGGAGCCAAAACUGCCGUUCCGAUCUCCGGUCAGUCAUUCUUCUCUCUCAAACCCACUAUCAAAAUGAUGCAUAGAAACAAAAACCCAAUUCAACGACCCUAACCACAACCACUCAAAACAUGGAGUUCGAACCUCUGAACAUGCCCAACGAGGUUAUCGAAUUCGACGUGAUGGCUGGUGGCUCUGGCGAAGACGACGACACAGCCAUCGCCGUUGACGUCGUACACCCCGACGACGAUGACGAUGACUACAACGACGACGACCUCGUCUCCGGGCGAGACCUCGCAGCAACCGUCGAUUCCUUGGACCCGGUUCUGGAACCCUACGAGGGCAUGGAAUUCGAGUCGGAGGAGUCCGCCCGGAUCUUCUAUAACUCCUACGCCCGCCGCGUUGGUUUCAGCACCCGGGUCAGCGUCUACCACCGCUCCCGCCGCGAUGGCGCCAUUAUUUGUCGUCAAGUCGUCUGCUCCCGGGAAGGUUUCCGCCGCUGCCGGGACGGCGACGACACUGAAGGUCGGUCAUCGAAGCGGCAACGAGCGGUGACGAGGGUUGGUUGCAAGGCAAUGAUUACGGUGAAAAGACUUGAUUCAGGCAAAUGGGUAGUCUCCAAAUUCUUCAGAGAGCACAAUCACGAGCUGGUACCGCCCGAUAAGGUGCAUUGCCUCCGGUCGCAUAGGCACGUAUCGGGCCCCGCUCGAAGCCUCAUUGAUACCCUUCAGGCGGCCGGGAUUGGCCCGAGUGGGGUCAUGUCGGUGCUGAUUAAGGAAUCCGGUGGGAUUAACAAUGUCGGUUUUACUACAGUUGAUUGCCGAAACUACAUGAGUAGCAGCAGGCAGAGGUCCCUUGGGAGCGGGGGUCAACAUGUGUUGGACUAUCUAAAGCGAAUGCAGGCGGAGAACCCUUCUUUCUUUUAUGCAAUUCAAGGAGAUGAGCUAUCGACGGGGAAUAUUUUCUGGGCUGAUGCUAGUUCUAGGAUGAAUUAUAGUUAUUUUGGGGACACAGUGACAUUCGAUACGACUUACAGGACGAAUCGGUAUAGGGUCCCCUUUGCACCGUUUACUGGGUUGAACCAUCAUGGGCAGCCGGUGUUGUUUGGUUGUGCAUUACUUCUCAACGAAUCGGAAUCGUCAUUUGUUUGGCUCUUUGAGACUUGGCUUGCUGCUAUGUCUGGGCGGCGGCCAAUUUCGAUUACAACUGACCAUGAUAGAGUCAUAAGGGCAGCUGUUGGGCAGGUUUUCCCGGAUGCCCGUCAUCGGUUUUGCAAGUGGAACAUAUUUAGAGAAGCCCAGGAGAAAUUGUCUCAGGUUAAUCAAUUACAACCUACUCUCGAAGCAGAGUUCCGAAAGUGUAUCAAUGCAACUGAGACGGUUGAUGAGUUUGAGGCAUGCUGGGAGUCGCUCAUUCAGAGGUAUGGUCUUGUGGGAAAUGAAUGGGUUCAGUCCAUGUACAAUGCCCGUCAGCAAUGGGUACCUGUUUACUUGCGGGGCGCCUUCUUUGGAGAGAUGUCCAUUACCCAGGGGAGUGAUAGUGUAAACUCAUACUUCGAUGGGUUUGUUAAUGCAUCGACCACCAUACAGGUUUUAAUUAAGCAGUAUGAGAAGGCCGUAGCAAGCCGUCAUGAAAAAGAAGUAAAGGCAGAUUACGAUACAAUUAACACUGCACCGGUUCUAAAGACACCCUCUCCUAUGGAAAAACAAGCAGCAAACAUUUACACAAGGAGAAUAUUCAUGAAAUUCCAAGAGGAAUUGGUCGAAACUCUUGCUAAUCCUGCAACUAAGAUUGAGGACACUGGGACUGUCACCACAUAUAGAGUGGCAAAAUUUGGGGAGGACCACAAGGCACACAUUGUUAGGUUCAGUGUUUUUGAAAAGAAAGCUAACUGUAGUUGCCAGAUGUUUGAGUUUUCUGGUAUUAUUUGUAGGCAUAUAUUAGCAGUCUUCAGGGCAACCAAUGUUCUUACACUUCCAUCUCACUAUGUCUUGAAACGGUGGACAAGAAAUGCCAAGAGUGGUGUGGUUUUGGAUGAGCGUGCUCUUGACAUGCCAAGUAACUCUCGAGAGUCAGCAACAGUUAGGUACAACAACCUACGCCAGGAAGCCAUCAAAUAUGUUGAAGAAGGGGCAAAAUCUAUACAUAUUUACAAUGUGGCUAUGGAGGCUUUACAAGAGGCUUCAAAGAAGGUUGCUGCUGCAAAAAAGCAUGGUCCUGGGGUCACACAGCUUGGAACCAUGGUAAAUGGAGGGAACCGGGAAAUGCGUACUGGUGAAGGAAACUGUAUGGGCCAGCCUCAAUCCUACUCUCUGGAUGAGAAGGACAAGAAAAUUAUGGAGUUGACCUCUGAGUUGGACAAUGCAAAUCAACGAUGUGAAGUAUAUCGAGCAAAUCUACUUGCGAUUUUGAAAGAUAUGGAGGAACAAAAGUUAAAACUGUCGGUGAAAGUUCAAAAUGUAAGACUUGGUUUAAAGGAUUGAAUUGAAUGAAUCUGAAUGGCGAGAUCGAGUAUCGACACAUCCCUGCCCUGGCAUUGGAUAUUGAUAUUUUUUCGUGUAUUAUUAAUAGUGAAGGUGGAGUAAAUUUUCAAUGUGGCUUUGCUGAACUCUGUUAUUACUUUCGUCUGGAGGCUAGCAAGGCUGCUGUUGCUGCUGUACUGACUGAUCCAUACUCCAUAGAGAUAGAGAUAGAGAAGUAUUUAAUCAUGUAUAUUAUACAGAUACAGAUGUUUUUAUUUAAACCUUAUUUUCGGAGUAAGGGAAAGGCUCAGUAACAUCAGAGUUGUGGUUUGCCAGACAAUGGAUGGAUUACCCGAGAGAGAUAAUCAACCAUCAAACUUCGUUA